AUGACUUCUGAAGAUACAUCAAGUGGAAAAUCAAAGAGAGAAUAUGCUCAACAUUCUGUCACUUCCAUGGUUGAUCCAAAUUCCAUUCUUCAGUCUAAUUUUGAACUGGACAUUCCAAUGGACCCAAAUGAAAUCUUUCAGCAGACCCUUCGAUGCAUAACUGGGGCACAGGAACCACAGACAGAACCGCAGACAGCAAUCCUGACAAAUUCAGACAGCGCUCAGCACGGUGGAGUGCUGCCUCACACAGAGACCCUUGGUGGAUUGCAAGUACUACUGCCCUCAAGCCAGAUGCUUGUACAGACAGCAUCCAAAGAUAAGGAGACCUAUGUGCUCCCUACCACGCUUUCAGCCACGUCGCCACCACAAAUGGUGAUAAUUACUCCUCCUACCCUUCCAUCUCAGACAAUGAAGAAGGGUGACUCCCAGGCCAAAAGAGAAAUCAGAAUGAGGAAAAAUAGAGAGGCUUCUCGACAAUUUCGCAAAAGGAGGAAAGAGUAUGUGAAAUCCCUGGAGGAACGAAUUGCCAUUCUGGAAAUUGAAAAUAGAAUUCUGCUAGAAGAUUUAAAGACUUUGAAGCAAUCUUUGUCAUAUACAAGUGUUUGA